UAGACUUUGGCACAACGAUGGAUAUCAUUAACCUGCAAAACCAGUCCAACGAGUCUUGGUCCUUUGUAUUCUUUAAUUGAAUAGUCAACGGAUCAACUGAUGGCACGGGAGUAGGAGGGGUAUAUAAAGAGAACCGGUGUCUCUAAGCAUUCAGAUCAGUUCAUACUGAGUUUAUGGUUGUAGUCGCGAUGGUAAUCUGUGUCUUCAAUAUGCGGUCUUUGUUUAUAUUAUCUGUUGUAGUUCUAUCUACAACCUAUGCUUUUCCUGAUCUGAGUGCAGCACUCGAUGAAAAAAUGAAGGGGGUCAGUGCUGAUCUUGACGAAAUCAAAAAAGAUCUAGAGCAAAAAACUCGAAGGGAUGUUGAUAUCAAGCCAGAGCCAGUUGAAUCAUGGACUGGUAAAUGGUUCCCUGAAAAGCCUACAGAAGCACCCAAAACUGGGGGUUCCGGCGGCGGAAUGGACGGCAAUAACAUGUGGAAAAUGAUUAACAGUACUUGUGACGACGGAAAGUCCAACCUAACAGUGGACUGGAACAACAAUGAUAUAGACUACAUUUGUGCCGAAGGAGACUUUCUAGAACCUGACACUUCCUUGAAGGCUACACUGGAGCAGGAACAUAUUCCUCCUAUGUACAUUGCCAGACAUGUUUGUAUGAAGUCUGAAAUUCCGUAUGAACAUCCUCUGCUCACAUUCGGACCUCAUCGACCAGCAUGGGCCAAGUACGGUGAAUAUAAGUACCUACCUCCCCAGCGAUACCUUCACAACAUGGAGCAUGGAGGCAUUAUUUUCCUGUAUCAUCCCUGUGCAGCUCCGUCUCUCGUCAACAAGUUGAAGAAAGUAGUCAAGAGUUGUCUGUACCGUCACGUCAUCAGUGCUUCUCGUCUCGUGCCUAAAGAAAGGCCGUUUGUCCUGUUGUCGUGGGGCUGGCGCAUGCUGAUGCCCACCGCGGACACCAAGCUGGCCGUGGAGUUUAUCAGGGAACACGCUCUGCACGGCUACGAGAAGACGCACAAGGACGGUUACUACGACCAACUGCUGGUCGACCCGGCCAAGGUGGUCAGCACACCAGAGGACCAGGAGCUGUGUCCCAAGUACAAGGACUUCUAGAGGUUUUUCUCAGCAUUUUGAUAUCACUUCACGUGCCAGCCAUUAGAUUUUUAAGAUUUAUGUGUAUAAGGGAAACGCAUGAAAAAAAGUUGCUCUUGCAUUGUUUUGUCAAUCAAAUUUGGAACAAUGAUUUUAAAUAUACUCAUUUCUUACACAUAACCUUUAAAAAAUGUUUUAGAAUAACAUUUUUAAUCACCAUAACAAACAAGUGCAUGUUAGUUGAACAUGUUUUAAAUUACUAUUCAAACCAUUUACAGAAAUCUUUGAUGAAAUUUAUGAGUACAAAUUUCUGUUAAGAUCUCUUUUAACUUUCAGUUUUGGAAAUUUUUCUUAAUCCAUACUUCAUAACUAGAGUUAUAGAUAUGAAAUAUAAAAAUUUUUGAUUAUCUUAAGAUAUGUUAUUGAUAUAAAUUAAAUAUUUUUGGAGUUUAAUUUUUGCACAAGCAGUAUUUAUAUGUUUGCGUUCCUGAUCUCGAUUAUGCAUUCCAUUGCUUGCAUUGAUUGUUACAACAUGCUUACAAAAUCUCAAUAUUACAAGUGAUCAAAAGUAUUUUAGAUUUUGUUACGAAUUUCUAAAAUUUAUUUUCAUAUUAUAUUUUAAAUAUUUAUUUUAUUAGCUUUUUAAGAAAUUGUCCUAAAAUAGGAAGUAUUGUAUUGUUGUCAAUUAUUUGUUGGUUAAAAACCAGUGAUCUUAAUAAUAAUUAGUUUUAUACUGAAUUUUUACAUAAUAAUCUUAACAAAGUAUAAAGUUUUUAUAGAUUUUAUAGAAUACAGUUCGUUAAAAGGGCAUUAAGCCCUGUAGACCUUUUUGGUGUUUUCUAUAAGGUAUUUUUUAAAGCUGUGCUUUAAAGUAUGUUUUGUUUUUUAUUUGUGUCUAUUAAAUGAAUGUUUACUAA